AAAAAUAUCUGCAGGGGGACAGUCUUCACAUGAAACAAACAGAGCCCUCUUAUUAAAUACAAGACAUCUGUUUCCUCACGUUCAAAUUAGGAUUAUGUUCAUGGACGCACUCUGAAACCCUAAUGGAAGUCGUGUGAGGCUGAGAAAGGGGGGAGGAGACAUAGACAACAUUUCUGGGAGGGAGGAGAGACAGCAAAAGAGAGAAACGAGAAACAGGUUAGGCAGGAGACGAUUGACUCUUUGCUGUGUGGACCCAGGGAUUUCUCUCAGUUUCUUUUCUCUGGCACUUUUCUUGGUGGCACAGUGAGGACAUCACAACAGAGAGUUUCCCAUAGACAACCCCUGGGAGUGGACGAGAAAGUGCCCUGAGGUCGGGAAAAAAGCUCCUCGCCAUUGACAUGUCUGCUCCUGGUUACCCAGGCGCCUACAACCAGCCGCCCUAUCCCAUGCCUCAGCAAGGAGGACAAUCCAUUGCCCCUUAUCCUGUUUCUCAGGGAGGGUAUGGAGAGCCGGGUCAAGCUCCUCCCCCGGGCUUCAAUAUGGGCUACGACCCAGGCCAGCCUCCAGUCAUGUACCAGCCAGCACCAGUCGCCACAGCUCCCGGGAUAGAGUAUGGAGGACCUCCCGGGAUAGAGUAUGGAGGACCUCCCGGAGCGAUCUCCCAGGCCCCGGCAGUUCCUGUCGGGGUACCUCCAGGGCUUGAGUACCUCGCACAGAUCGAUCAAAUCCUGAUUCACCAAAAAGUGGAACUCCUGGAAGCUUUCAUCGGGUUUGAGACCAACAACCAGUACGAGAUAAAGAACAGUCUGGGCCAAAAGAUCUACAAGGCCAAAGAGAAGAACGACUGCUGCACCAGGAACUGCUGCGGCUCGCUGCGCAGCUUCGACAUGAAGAUUAAGGACAACCUGGACAGGGAGGUCAUCCGCCUCAUACGGCCGUUCCGCUGCGUCUCCUGCUGGUGUCCCUGCUGUCUGCAAGAGAUGGAGGUCCAGGCACCGCCCGGCACCACCAUAGGCUACGUGAAACAGGUCUGGCACCCUUUCCUGCCUCGGUUUUCCAUCCAUGGAGCGGACAAGGAGACGCUGAUGUCACUGGAAGGGCCCUGCUUCGCCUGCAACUGCUGUGGGGAUGUCAACUUUAAACUGAAGGGGAAAGGUGGAGACAAAACCAUCGGUCGCAUCAGCAAGCAGUGGAGCGGUCUCCUGAAAGAGGUCUUCACCGACACGGACAACUUUGGCAUCCAGUUCCCACUGGACUUGGACGUGAAGAUGAAAGCUGUGCUCAUGGGAGCCUGCUUCCUCAUUGAUUUCAUGUUUUUCGAGAAAGUUGGCGAGGCCAACCAGCGCAGCAGCGUGUUUUCAUAACAGAGGAAAAAGAAAGGAGGGGAAACAACAGCAUGGGAGGACGGACUUUAUCCAGUUAUGCAUGCUCUGUUUAUUAACUUUUUCUUAUUUCUUUUUUAAUCUUCACAAGAUUCCAGCCAAUAUGGUGCUAACACCACAUGUUCAGACCAAUACGAGCUAAUGAACCCGUGAUUCCAGACGUCUGACGCCAUGUUGCCUUACACUCCAUGUUUAAAUUUUUAUCGAUGUGUAUCAGCUGAGAUUUCAUCUUUACCAAAAGAAAUCAACUUAACCUCCAUGUCUUUCUCAGUGCCUACUAAAAAGAGAAAUAUAUGCAAAUAUAUACACACAGGAGAUUUUAAAUGUCUCUAUGCUACACUGGUAUUGACUUUUCAUUAUUUAUGCUCUGCGUUUAGCGAUUAUUAUUGCACUUGUAUACAUUCUUGGAGAGAAGAAUAGACCAGACAGAAGCAGUCUGUCGCUCCACCACUUUGGUCAAGACUGAAAUAUUUCAACAACUUCCGGGUGAAUUGUCAUGUAGUUCUGAACAGACUUUCAUGGUCCACAGAGGACGAACUUUAGUCAUCUCAAACUUUAGCUCAGAAGCUGUGUGACCCAAUACCCUUUUUUAGCAUUUAACAUUUAGCUCGAAGCACUGCUUAGCCUAGCACAGACUCGUAGAGCUGAUAGAAGCCUCUUAGUAAACGAUGCAGACUUUAUCUUAUAACUUAUAAAACCAACUUAAGCACUACCGACAGUAAUCUAUUGUUAUUUAGCUUGUAUCGUGUGCUGGCUGUGAUCAUAGACUGCACAUGAAGAUGGACGACCUGUCUCCACUUCCUCCCACUUUCCAGAAAUGAUGGCAAAAUAUCUGGGAUGCAAACGCUGCCACUUUACGCAUUUGAAGCCAGAAGUGGUGAAGCCACGGUAUAGAGGUCCCAUCGAUACCUGUGCUCGACCAAUCGGGAUUUAUUUGACGUGUACUGUGACUUUUUAUUUUGGUCCGUGUCUCAUCCACUAACAUGGACGAGGCGGGUUUCAUGAUCUAUUCUGCAGCUAGCCGCCAGGGGGUGAUCACGAUGUUUACAGCACAGCCACGUCGGCCCUCUUUCUGUAAAGUCUAUGGGUGUGACAGUGAGACCAAUGGGAGGAUGUUGAAUAUCUUGUAGUCAGCGUUGACGUAUGCGCUGACAGUGUUUACCAAAGUGCUCUUUCUCUACCUCUCCACUGUCUUUCUCUUUCUCAAGCCUGGUCUGCAUGAUCUGAACAGAACUGUAGCUCCUGCGUGUUGUAGUUGUUGCCGUGGAGACCGGCGCCACAGUCAAGCCUCUCCCCUCAGUUUCUCCAGAUGCAGAUGCUGCUUGGGACUAGAGACAAUGUGAUGGAAAGUGGAAAAAACGGGAAAGGAAAUAAAAAAGCAGAAGUUGGAGUUAGUGAAUGUUGAUCUGACGUCGGGGGGGAAAAAACAGACCGUGUAUAAAAAGUGAGGUUACUAAGGAAAUAUUCAGUCGUUUCUGCAGAGUGACCUGAAUGUGAACUCGGGAUAUCUGGCCUUCAGAAUAAUUUUCAAACGGCCGGUUAAUGUUGAUUACUGCCAUUUGAUUCAUAUAAUCAUCCUCAUGAAAUAACAUGGGUGUGCCUCCAUUGGGGCUCGAAUGCCACUAAUGCUCUUCAAUCCAAACUCUGUAUUGCACUGUCUGCAACUGUGUCUUAUUAUACGUGAAAACUGUAUAUAUACGCAGCCUCUGAGGAUGUACAGUACACAUUUGUUCAUCGGCUCAGGUUCAUCUGCAGAUUGUGCCUUUUUCAAUCAGUUAAAUCUGCAGCCGACAGCAACCGUACGCAUCUUUGUGCUACUUUCCUUUAAUGUGUAUCUUGUGAUUGUUUAUAUACUUUUUUUUACAUAAAGAAUACGAUGUAGUUGUU